AAAGGAUUAGAAUUUCACCUCUGCCACAUAUACUGGCACAUGUCGCUUCGAAGUUCACCCUAAUUGCUAUUCUUACAAAGCCAGGUCCAUGGUUUCCUGCUAGACAUGAUGGCUUCAGCAAGUGGUCUGCGACAACCGAAAGAAGCGAACAAAGGGAAAAAUGGGUUUCGCGACAGACACAUCCCUCUCCAUUCUACUAACCCAGACGACUUGGCCAUUAGCAGGCAUCACUUUGCUCAGUACGUCCUUGCAUCCAAGGGGUCUUAUAAUGGUCCUUCGUUGAAAGACCUCAAAGCCACUCCAAACGAAGCCCCGAAAGAGACGCUAGAAAUUGUCGACGAUAAGAUAAAGGAGCUGAGGAGGCAGCAUCAAGAAGAUAUUGAACUACUUACCGCGUUCCAGGCUGCAGAAUACCGCCAAGAGGUCCUUAGCAAGUAUAGCUGCAUCGAUGAUUCAAUGAUGGGGGUGGAUGCGGAGGACCUAACCCAAGUUGAUUAUCUUGCUGCCCUUAAUGAGCUGUACAGCGAUGCACGGCCUAUGAAGCGCUUCCAGCAUGAUAUGGACGAUUCGUUGUCUCAAAUCCGCUACAACUACCUCAAAUCCCUUCUCCCGCUCCUCACUCAGCGUCGCCAGUUGAAAUGGCGAGAAAAAAGUAAUCGGAGACAUCGUGAUGCGCAGUUCCCGCAGAGUAUCGAAGAGUAUCACAAUAUCCCGGACCGUGACGUUCAGCUGCGAAUCGCGAGGUUCCUCAUGCGUUCGACUUCUGAGAGGGACAGGAUGAUGGAUGAGUAUGGAUGGGCAUGGAGAGCGGUAGAACCGCUGCUCUUAGCAUUCAAGGCGAAUGAAGGGUUCAGGAACGAGAUAUCGGAGUCACUCAAAGAUGCGCAAGCUUUGGAUCCUCGGCGUCGACCAACAGCGACCCCUGGAUGGCAGCUGUAACUUGCAUAUCUUUGCACUAUCUUCGUAUCACGAUUAAGAUGAGAUUGCUUAUGUCCAUUCCAUGUGCCUGAUUCGUUCAAUAAAAGCGGUCUUCUCGCUGAGAUUGAAGGCUCACUUGGUGUAGCUCGAGACACGGGCGCUACGCACAAAUGAAGAUAGAUGGAUGACAGUUUAUUUAUCUUGAUGCGACAAAGGGUUUUCGUAUGUGUGCUCCCCAGUGGUGCAAUGGAUUUACGAUAUAUCAAUUCUCAUGGGUCCCCGUGUUUGAAAUUUCUUAUC